AUGUUGAAAAAGCCCAGACAGGGUCCGAGACGGUUUUCUUCUUUGGAAUGUUUAUCGACGAGAAUAUUUUCACCCCAUUCUUGCAGACAAGGAAUAAGCAAGACCGAGCGACAAGAAAAUGAAUGGAAAGCGAUCGGAGCCAAACUGCCUAAGAGAUUUGAAAUUGAAGGGGUCAAUGCAAAAAGUGCCUUAGUCACAAAUAGUAAAGAAAAUAAUAAACAGAAAAAACAGCUAGAAGAAAUCGCCAACAAUUCUGUAGAUGAAAUAUAUGACGUGACCACCACACCAGAUUCAACGCUUUAUUUUGAAGGUCCCGCGAGUUCACGUGACAUUGAUCCACCUAGUAUUUUAGAAAUUGAGAACCCGUCAGUAACGACGCAAGCCCCUUCACCAAAUGUCUCAAAUGUUAUAAUACCUUCUUCUUUUAAAAGAGUUUUCUAUUGGCCUCAGCCAAAACUACCAAAAGGAAAAAACAGAAAAAGGGAGAAAAUACCACCAGUGACCUCCUCCAGACAGUGGAACGAAUAUCAUGAGAAAAAGGAAAAAGCUAAAGUGGAACAUGAGGAGAUCAAGCAAAAAAGAGCUAGAGAAAGGCUCGCUAAAAAAGAAGAACGUGAACUACUAAAAAGAAACAAAAUAGAGCAAAAGAAAAGCAGAUAA